AUGAUUCGUUAUGCAAAUAAUCGCUCGAAUACAGUUGGCGACCUGCAAGAUAGGCUUGCAGGUUAUGGCAGAUUUGUGGGCAAUCGUUUGCUGGAUGUUAUUGUACUGAGAGAGAAAGGCUACCGGCGAGAGACUAAGUUACUGAAUAUGUUGAUGUUUGUGAAAGGAACAAUUUGGAAAAACCUGUUUAACAAGGAAGCUGAUAAGCUGGAAAGGAGCAACGAUGACCCAUGCCAGUGU